AUGAUUAGUGUUCCUGUAAAUGCUAAUACAAUUUAUAUACCGAUGAUUCAAACUGGAUGUUGUAAAGGAGAAUAUGAUACAACAUAUCCAAUUCAUCUAAAUGGUAUAAUAAGUCAAUAUGAAUUUCAAGAAUCAAUUACUAAAAUAAAUAAAACAUUUUCUUCAUAUAAAAAUUUUUUAAUUGCUUAUUCAAUUAUAUUUGCUUUAUCAAUGGUAUUUGGAACAGCAAGUUUUACUGUCGGUGGAAUAAUGGCAGCUAAAUCUUUUAAAAUUUUUUAUAUAUUACUCGCUAUUGGAAUAUCGUUUACUACAAUUGGAUCAUUAAUUUUUAGUGUUGGAUUUUGUCUUAUAUAUUCAAAACGUACAGCACGAUUAAGACAAGCCAUUGCUGAAGAAUCAAUGAAAUAUUCAUCGAGAUCACCAAUACCAUGUAGCUGGAGAUUAGAGAUUUCAAGAGCUUGGUUUGGAGGAUAUACAUAUAAUAAUUAUCAAAUGUUUUAUCAAUUAGCAAUAGAUAUUGGUCGUUCUAUUCCCCAAGGAAAUCUUGAUCGAAUGCAUCAUUCAAAUAAAGUUGCUCCAGAAUCAACAUCGUUUUUUCGACGAGAAGAUAAUUACGCACCUCCACCAUAUUCAACUUCAGCAGUAGCAUUUUGUCCUCGAUGUGGUCUACCACGACAAUCUAUUACAGACAAAUUUUGUUCGUCGUGCGGACAUUCAUUCAAUUAA